AUGAAGCUGUAUCAGACCCUGAACAGUAUUGAGAGUAUGGACUACGCAUCUGGUCUUGCUGUUGGUCAGUGCCUACAAGAUGUGAGGCCAAUCUACAGAGAGGUGGUGGCGAGAUGUCUGCUACUUUCUUUCAAAAGGGUAGAGAGAGCCGCCGGGUCGCUCUAUCACGACUUCGUCAAGGGCGUAUACAAUGAGAACCUAUCAGAAAGCGACGACGGUUGGGACCAUCCAUCUAAUCCAGAUAGGCAGCUUGCUUCCAAGAAAACUCGAAAUACUCUGAAGAGACCAUUCCGACGUCCUCUCAUUACUGUGGAGAUACCAAGGCGCAGAUUAGGGACGAAAGUUCCUCCCAAAGAAGAAGCAGACUUGCAACAGAAGCAUGUUGAAUCCCAGCCUACGUCGAGCACGGCAAUGCCAUCGGUAGCGUCAACAACAGAAGAGACCUACGUCAAGGUUGAGAGACUUCACGACCGACCAGCCUUAAAAGAAGAUGUCAUCAGUCCCGGACGCGCUCAUACCCGAGACUAUUCAACAUUCGUCCCAGUGUCAGACAGCUUCAUCAGAGAACUUCUUGAAUAUGCGAAGACACCGACGCCGACGCCAACGCCACCUCCUGCUUCGCCACCUCGAAGCAAUCAUGUUUCGAAAGUCAUCUCGGCACGUAUUCUACCAAUACUACGAACACUCACCGAGUAUUGGUCUACUGUAAAGAGUACCACUAUUCCUGCCGUCGGCCUAACCGCCAACACGAGGCACCCACCAAGCGCGGGAAAGUUUCCCAAGAAGAAACAACAGACAGACACAGCCUCGGUGAUGAACCCAGACACAGCCUCGGUGAUGAAUCCAGAUACAGCCUCGGCGAUGAACCAAGCUGUAUCGUUCUCGGACACGAAUAAAGAUACAUCAAUCGUCGACCUCACAGACCUAGGCGAAGGUGGUACCAAUGACAGAGUUCCAAUCGAUCCGGAAAGGCAGGUGCAGGUGCAGAAGCAAGUUGAUACCACAAUUGAGACUUCAGAAGUACAAAAGCAAGUUGAUACCGCAAUCGAGAUUUCAGAGGUACCGAAACAAGUUGAUACGGCGAUCGAGAUUUCAGAGGUGCAAAAGCAAGUUGAUACGGCAAUCGAGAUUUCCGAUACUGAGGAGGUGGAAAUCAUCGCCACCACCACUCGCCGUUAUAUCCGGACGCGCCGCACCGUGCUGACAAUCCGGAGUCGGAGUCUGAGUGAGACGGUGGUGUUUACUUCAUAA